CCUGCCGACGGUAUCGGCGGUGAAUCCGACAGUGAACUACCCAAUGCUGCUAGGACGAAUAAGGGUGGACGCAAUGAUAAAGAAGGCAAACGAGAACAAUCCAUUCAAACAGUCGGUUUUGCGAAAUGUCGAAACCCUUUGAGAUCAGUGGGUCUGCACCGAGCAUGAAGGUGGCCUGUGCUACAUCAAUCCCUUCACCCGCGCUCAUCAACGGCUCAAUUCUCACCAUAUUUACCUACUGGGCAGAGGCCAUGACCAUACCAAAUGCGGACGUCGGCUUGACAAAUCCACCAACUACCCCAGCCUUCGUUAAGUUCAACAAGUCUACACUAUCACAAUCAGACUUCUACGGGACACCCUGCGCUGCUUCUCUUCCGACACCAGCAACCUCCAUGGCGCACCUAACUGCCGGAGGUGCUUCGACCAGAUAUUUUCCCACGCCUAAUGAACCUCCCUCGAGCCCAUUGAAAGCCGCAGACGCCAAUGUAUCUGCCCG